UGAGAAAAAUCUCUGCUAGGUAACCUGCUGGCAGCUCUAAAAAUUGUUUCAUUAACCUGUAUCAAAAUCAUACAGGUUUUAAACACAGACUUCUAAAUAAAUUGAAAGAUUGGCUAAUACUAGUUUGCUUUGUUUUACAGGCUUUAGAAAGGAUGCGUCCUUACCUGUGUGAUAAAAUCAUAGCUGAGAGACAUUUUGAUUACCUACGUUCAAAGAAAAUACUCACUAGAGAGGACACAGAAGAAAUUUCUUCUCGAUCUUCCAGUAGGAAAAAAACUGGGAAGUUAUUGGACUACUUAGCAGAAAACCCAAAGGGACUAGAUGCUUUGAUUGAAUCUAUCAGACGAGAAAGAACACAAAACUUCCUCUUACAAAAGAUAACUGACGUAGUGUUAAAAGUCAAAAAUGAAAAACUUGAAGCUCUCAAAGGUCUAAGCUGCAGCACCUGUAUGACCUCACUGUAUGGAGGAACAAAUAAUCUUUCCAGGUCAUAUUCUGAUGAAUCUAAUUUUUUUGAUAAAACAAAAGACAAAGAAUCUACCCAGAUACACCAUCCAGAAGAAGAUUAUAGCACUGCCGCAUUUAUGUCUGCUGUCUCUCUUCAUUCAAUGAAUUUGCCAAUUGCAGAGAUGGGAAAUGCAGAGAGUGCUGUUCUCUCAGCCACCCUUCCAGGGCCUGGAGACCCCGGUGCACCCCCUCUCCCCCCAGAGCUCCAGUCAGAGCAGCAAGAACCGUGUACCAGUUCAAGUGACAAUUGCUUUCUGCCUUUAAGAUCGCGUUCUCUUCAACCACAGUGAACAUAGUGACUUUUGUCUGUUCAUCCAAAUAGUACUGAAGUUUUGUGUGAUGUCUUAUAAAGGUUUAAAAAAGUUUUAAAACUGUUAAUUAGCAAAAUCAGGGGAAACUAUGCUAUUUACUGUUUCUAGGGAGUAGAGUUUUUUUGUAACUGAAUGACUCUGGAGCUGCUUGGUUUUAUGUUCUUUAGAGUGCUUUUUUCCAAAAGAUCAUGCUAUUAUACCAGCAAAGGUUUGUUUUUUAAACCAGUAUAUUUAAGAUUUCACAUUAAGCUGCAGAUAAUUAAGCUGCAGUUAUAGACAAAUUUUUUUUUUCUUCCUACAGAAACUACAAACAUGCUUUUCUUAAUGUUCUGGAAUAGGUGAAUUGGGAAUGAUGGUUAGGAGAAGUAGUGAGUAUUGAAAAAUAACUUUCUGAACUAAAAACAUAGUCCUUACCAAAAAGCUUACUCAUUUGCCAAAUUAAAUGUUUUUUCUGUAGGAUGAAUUUUGCCCUCUAUGUAUGUGUGUGCAGCUCCAUUUAAAAAAAAAAAAAAAUCCCAACCCUGAAUUUGGCCAAUCUGUAGCUAUGCUUAUUUGCAAGAAGUCUCUUAAUUGUCUGAAAUUUGUCCUACUAGUAAAUCAGAAAGCACUCAGUAUCGCAGUGAUUUGAAUUAGCUAAUACACUUCCACAAGUCUUGGCAUAUUAUUCUUGUAUAUUAGUUAGAGGUUUCUGAUUUGUGAUGCACUUUAAAUAUAAAUUCUCCUUUGUACUGGAAAAGGAAUGUAAACUGCUGUAACAGCAUCAUGUGGGCUGUAAGAAAAUGUUACUGUAUAAUGCUAUUCGGGAGCAAAUCUUGUAUGUUUUGUUACAGUAGGUAAGUAGAGGAAGAGUCCUGUAGCAAGAAGUAUCCAUACCUGAAGGACUUUUGGAAAUGUUGCACUUCAGAUACCUACUCUUCAAAGCAGAUAGCACAGGUUUACAUUUCAAACUUUCUCGAGUCAAAUGCAUUUUAAACUAUUUCAACAUGGGAAGGUUCUCAUUUCUUGACACAAUGUAACAUGCUGUAUUCCCUUAUACUCUACUCUUGAGUUGCAAUCUACUUCUUAUGAAGUUGGCCUACAAUCACUUUGAAAUUACUAGGCAAAGACAAACUCUUACUUGGAAAUGUGUACAGUUGUGUUCUGCAGUGCUACACUUGAAAGUGAGGGGAUGCUUUCAGUAUAUCAAAGAGUAGGUUUGAAUUUAAGGCUUUAAAUUAUUUUGGCUUUCAUACAGUGCUGUAGCCAUGUAAAUCCAUUGAAAUUCAAACCCAGGUAAUACUCAAACUCCUUUGGUGGAGACAGGCCAUCUGCAGGACCUCAGUUACAGUCUCUAAAUGUUUUUUCAUGUUUACUCUGGUUUUUGGAAGUUGGUUAAAAUAAAUGGCAAUGUUCAACUACACUCCAUACUUUAGUAUAUAAAUAACUUACAUUUGAUAAAGAUGUGGGCUUCUGUUUAGUGUUUAUAAAAAUCCUUGUUUUCUUGUAUGCAUCUAAGGUCAUAGACUGUCAGGACAGUAAAAAUGCUUUUCAACAAAACUGCUUGGUUCAGAAAGCACUCUUGAAGUUAAGUGCCUAAAAAUGCAAACAAAAUUUUGCUCUCUAACAUGAAAUUAAGGGUAGGCUUAAAUCCCUCUCUUCCAUUAACUUGAACUGUAGUUGUACAUACUCAGGAUGUCUGAAAGUUGAUUUGUCUAAAUGCCCACUGUAACCACCUAGAGCUGUGCUUGGGUUCGAGUCCCUUCUUGGGCUCCUGGAGGGGAUUGAGCAAGCUUGGCCGUAACUCAAAAAGAGCAUCAGCUCAGGGUGAAGACUGCCUUGCAGAUCUAAAUCUCAGCCCAUGAGGUGUGCUGCCUCCCCUGUGCCACGAAACCUGCCUCUGCAGGGAUUGCUCCUGCAGUGGAGCCUAUCAACCUGAGACUUAAAUGAAUGUAUUAUCUUACUAGAUGUUUAUAGCAUACAUUUUUUUAGAAGUCUGAAAUGUUUAUCACUUUUGGAAUAAAGUUUUUGUAUAAUUGCC